GCGCCGCUUAAAGGGGCCGCGGCCUGCUGGAGGAGAUGUUUCCUGCUGGGCUCUGGCUCUAGGAUGUUGGAGAACAGAGAGGAAGAGCUGACCACGGUGCGUGUUCAGGACCCCCGAGUGCAGAACGAAGGCUCCUGGAACUCUUAUGUGGAUUAUAAAAUCUUCCUCCAUACCAACAGCAAGGCCUUUACUGCCAAGACCUCAUGUGUGCGGCGCCGGUACCGUGAAUUCGUGUGGCUGAGGAGGCAGCUCCAGAAGAAUGCUGGCUUGGUGCCUGUCCCAGAGCUGCCCGGGAAAUCAACCUUCUUCGUGGGCAGCACGGAUGAGUUCAUCGAGAAGCGGAGACAGGGGCUGCAGCAGUUCCUGGAGAAGGUUGUGCAGAACGUGGUCCUCCUCUCCGACAGCCGGCUGCACCUUUUCCUGCAGAGCCAGCUCUCGGUACCCGAGAUAGAGGCGUGCGUACAAGGCCAGGGCUCGCAGACAGUGACAGAAGCCAUCCUGCACUAUGCCAUGUCCAACUGCGGCUGGGUGCAGGAGGAAGAGAGCCGCCCCGCGCUGCUGCCGGGAGGGGACCUGCAUGGCAGCUGUGCCGGCCUGGGAAGCCUGCAGGGUCCAAGCUGCCUAGAGACCUUCCCAUACUGGAGCGACUUCGGCAUGGAUGAUACCCACUCGGACAGUCCGGAUGAACCAGCUGAGCCCUUGGGUGGACGGCGUGAGAUGCAGUAAACGGCUCUAGCGACCUCGCCUGCCUUCCCUGGGACCUGCAGCCCUUGGUGGAAGAGGGACCGCUGCUGAGCUGGAGGGAUGUCCAGGCUGGUGGGACUGGGGCUGUACUGGGAACAUGGCCUUGUCCCGGGCUCUGCGGUGUCCGGGGCUCAUGUGCUCUCUCCCUGCUGACUCUCGACUGUCUCUGAUGUCCCAGGCAGUGUGUUUGUAUCGCUCUUCUCUUUGGAGAACGGAUCUAGUGGUUAGUGAAACCUGUGUUUGUUGUUCCCAUGGCCUUUGCUCUCUGACUGGAGCAGUAGCAGGGCUUAGUUAGGUGGCAGUGCCAGCGAGGCUCUGUGGUUUUGGCAUGUCCCUGGCCCUGGGUGGGGUGGGAUACUCUGGCUCAGGUCCAGCAUGAUGGAGGAAGGCUUUCCUUGGUGGAGCCGCACGCUGGGAGCAGGGGCUGGCCACUGCUCAGCGAGUCUCUUCAGUUUUGUCUCAUGUUCCCCUCCGCGUUGCAGGCAGGGGAGGCUGCAUUUCCCCGAUAACAGCCGCGCUGUGCAGCUCCUGGGGAGUGUGGUCUCAGCUGUGUGGAGCCGGAGCUCACAUGUGGGGUGCAGAUACCGUAUCCACACCUGGGGCCUUCUGGCACAGCUCGCUCCGCAGGUUGCCUGCAGCUGGGACAGAGAUGAGCUUCCCCCUGGGAGCAUGGGGCAGGGGAAUGAGUUGGUGGGGAGGUGGAGGGGGGGGCAGUUUGUCUCCCCUGCCCUUUUGAGGGGGUGCCCCUUUGAGAUGGGCUCCUUCCUCGCACACCAAUUGCCAUGCACAGGAGGCAAUGGGGGUCUUGCAGCCAGGAUCUAGUUUGCUCAGAAAAAAGGAGCAUGUAGCUGCCUUGGAGUCGGUGUCCGGCAGUGCUUGGGCUCUGGCUACUCUUGAUGCCUCUCCCUGUGCUCUCCUGCACCUUUUCCUCCCACCCUUCAGCACUGGUGAAGGCAGAGCCGACGUGCUCUGAC